GUGUAUUUGAAAUUUGACAGCAUAAUUCAAAGUACACAGCAUUAAAAAUUGUAUACUCUAGCGUCACUUCAACUAAUUGUACAUCGCUUCUAUUGGAUAGUUUAAUGAUUUAAAUAAAAGCUAGAGGACAUCGAAAUGCAGAAUUUAAAUUCGUCACAUUCGAAUGAAUGUGCGCAAAACAGAAUCGCUGAACACGAAGAACCCAUCACAGAACAUAAACCUAUCAAUUUGAGAGAUUACAUGGUAACUGCUGCCAGCAAAACCGGAAUUAAUCACCCAUGGAGUGAGAAACAGAACGACGAAAAAUCGCAAAUUUGCUUCAACGGUCUUGCCAAUUCUACACGGGAUCAUCAAUGCCAGCAUUGCGGUAAACGAUUCGUCAGUAAGCGGAAUCUUGACAUACAUAUUCGAGAACACAGCAGAGAACAGUCCUUCAAUUGUGAUGUUUGUGAUGAAAAAUUUUCCACUGAGGAACUCCUCACCAAUCAUAUGCUCGUUCACACUGGUAGUGACCGAUACAUAUGCGACGUUUGCGGAAGGAACUGCCACGAUGGUUCUAAGUUGAAACGGCACAAAAAAAUUCACACCAGUGACCAACUGUACCAAUGUGACGUGUGUGGCAAAAAGUUUGCCCACAAAUGUAGUCUAUCCGCUCAUAUGAUCCGACAUACUGGUGAUACUCGGCAUAAAUGUCAUGUGUGUGGCAAAGGGUUUGCUUUUAGUACUGCCGUGAAGGUACACAUGCUAGUUCAUACACGAGAGCAACCAUAUAAGUGCACUGAGUGCGAUGCAUGUUUCUCCUACAAAGCUGCUUUAGCCCGACACAUGUUUGUUCAUACAGGCGAAUCUCCGUUUAAGUGUGAUGAGUGUGGCAAAGCUUUCAAAGCCAAACAAUACUUGACCGAGCACAAGCGUAAGCAUAGCGGUGUGCGGCCUUACAAAUGUAGUGUAUGUGACAAAAGAUUCUUCCGCGGACCGCAUUUGACCAAACACAUGCUUAUUCAUUCUGGCAGACGGCCGAUGAAAUGCACUGAAUGUGACAAGACGUUCAUUUGCCAAUAUUACCUCUCGAGACAUAUGCUCCUUCACACAAGCGAGGGAUUGUACAAAUGCAUGGUGUGCGAUAAAGAAUGCACCAGUAAAUAUACUUUAUCGGCACACAUGGCCUCUCACACGGAUGAAUAUCGAUACAGAUGUGACGUGUGUGGGAAAGGAUGCAGUGACAGUUCAUGGUUGAGAGAACAUAAACGCGUUCAUACAGGCGAGCGGUCUUUCAAAUGUACUGCAUGUGGCAAAGACUUUGUUCAUAAAAACUCCUUGAAUAGACACCUGCGAGUACGACACUCAUGAAUGUAUUAGCAGUAAUUAUAAACUUUCCUACCAGUAAAAGAGAGUCUUUCUACGCAAUACUAAUUGUUUCUAUUACUUGUUCAAAUUAUGAUGGUAUCAUAAUCGAUGCACUCGGUUCACGGUCAGUUAUAGUUUAAUCAAAAAUCUGCAAUGUCACUAACGAUCCAUUAAAAAAUGUUGGCUAUAUUAUUGACGCUUCGUUCCUGCAAAAUGCCAUGGAAACAAUACAAAGUAGAAAGGUAGCAAACGUAUAUAUACAAAAUGAUUUGUUGCUUACAUCAUUAAUACUGUAACUUGAUAUUUCUCCAAACAUAAACAAUCAUUGUCAUAGUUACGACUCAUGUAGGGAUCCAACGGUUGCUGUUUUGCUUCAAAUGAUGAUUCAACUGACAGUGAACCGAGUUCGUAUUCAAACGGUACAUGAGAAAUCGCAAACCAUUCUAUCUUGAGUUUAUGUUUGGUUUAAUCAUUUGUAAAAUUUUCAUUUUUUCGAGACAAGAAUAAAGUAUAAGUUUUGAAA